AUAUUUGGUUCAUCUUUGUCUAAAGACUCAAGGCAAAAUCAAAGGUCAAAUACGUUUCAAAGAUGAUGCAAGAUGUGUGGAAUGCUCCGCCUGGUUUCAGGCCUACCAAGUCGGCUCCUUCUUCUCCGGCAAAGCCUCUUGGAAUGUCGAGAACUCGUUCUGAGUCGUUUCAUGCCAUCCACAAGGUUCCAGUUGGGGACACUCCUUAUGUCAGAGCGAAAAAUGUUCAAUUGGUGGAUAAAGAUCCAGAGAGGGCAAUUCCUCUGUUCUGGGCAGCCAUCAAUGCCGGAGACAGAGUGGAUAGUGCCUUGAAAGACAUGGCUAUUGUGAUGAAGCAACAAAAUCGAGCCGAGGAGGCCAUUGAAGCCAUCAAAUCAUUGCGUAAUAGAUGCUCAGAUCAAGCCCAGGAGUCUCUUGAUAACAUUCUUCUGGAUCUUUAUAAGAGAUGUGGAAGAUUGGAAGACCAAAUAGCAUUAUUGAAGCACAAGUUGUUCUUGAUUCAGCAAGGGCUUGCUUUCAAUGGGAAGCGCACAAAGACUGCCAGGUCUCAGGGAAAGAAAUUUCAGGUUUCAGUGGAACAAGAAGCAACUCGGUUGCUGGGGAACUUGGGAUGGGCACUGAUGCAGCAGAACAACUACAUUGAAGCAGAAGAUGCAUACCGCCGGGCACUAACCAUUGCUCCUGACAAUAACAAGAUGUGUAAUCUGGGAAUCUGCUUGAUGAAACAAGGGAGAAUAGCUGAGGCCAAAGAAACCCUCCGGCGAGUGAAACCGGCCGUUGCAGAUGGACCAAGGGGAGUAGAUUCCCAUCUCAAGGCCUAUGAGAGGGCACAGCAGAUGCUCAAGGAUCUUGAAUCCGAGAUGAUGAAUAAGGGAGGAGACAGAGUGGAGCAGAGCAGGCUCUUUGAUGCCUUCCUUGGUUCUUCAUCCAUUUGGCAGCCCCUGCCUUGCAAGGAUCCUACCAUUAUCCCACAGGCAAAAGCUGGCAGAGCACAAGAUGAUUUUGUAGAUGAGAAUGUUGAUGGGAACAUUAUAGCAAACAAGUUGUUGGUUUCUCAGCAGAGAAAUGUGAAGCAAUUUGCUUCAUUUGCGAAUUCUUGGAAUAUUGAUGCUCCACCAUUUUAUUCUUCAAAAUUUCAUGAGACCCUCAAGAGAACAAGGUCCGGGAAUGCUGCAAAUUCUAUGAGAGUAGGUGAAAUUGGGGAUUGUGCCAAGCCUUUCUCUGCAGAACAGGAGAAACCAGAAAUCAAAACAAGGAGGAGGCUCUCUCCUUCAUCCGAAAAUGAUUCAGGAGACAAGUUGGCGGAGUUGUUGCCAGACAACAACGAAUUUGAAGAUGCCAUCAUUGCUGCAGUACUUGGAUCAGAAGCAGGCAAGGAGGUGGAGAACAGCAAUUCUACUGGUAUAUUUCAGAACAAAGUUGACAAGCGGCUCAGGGUUUUCCAGGAUAUUACCCUCUCUUUGAGUCCUAGAGCCUGACUUGAUUUAAUCGCUAAUUUAAUCUCAUUAAUCCAAGAGUCUGACUUAGGUGGGAGAUGAACUUGUUCUCCUUGACUCAUGCUGCUCCACAGGUAGCAGUUCUAAACUAUCUUACUGUAACCACUAGGCAUUAUAUAUUUGUUUAAGUAUGCCUCUCAAGCUAGGCACAUUCAGCUUAAUAAAAAAUUCAUGUCUUA